AUGUGUGGAAUAAUAGGUAUUCUUUCUAAAAAAUAAAACGCUGAAGUCGUACUACUUGAAGGAAUUGAAUUAUUAUAAAAUCGUGGUUACGAUUCUGCAGGUAUAGCUACUUUACGUAACGGUGAUACCGAAUUUCUCAUAACAAAGUUAUCUUCUGAUACUUUAAAAAAAAUAGACUGUAUAGAAGCAUUAAAAUAAAUAUGUCCCACUAAACAUCUAAAUAGCUAUGCUGGAAUAGGUCAUACAAGAUGGGCUACAUGUGGUGGAAAAACUGACUACAAUUCCCAUCCUCAUUUUGACUAAAAUAAAAGAAUAGUUUUAUGUCAUAAUGGUACUUUAGACAAUUUUUUAGAAAUAAGAGAUUAAUUAAUAUAAGAUGGAAUAAAGCUAAAUUCUGAUACAGAUUCCGAAUUAAUAGCAUAAUUAAUAGCUUAACAUUUAAAAUAGAACCCUUAAUGUAGUGCGUUUGAAGCCACAAAGACUGUUAUAGCCUAAAAACUAUCCGGUCAAUGGGGUUUAGUGAUAAUGGAUAAUCUAAAUCCUGAAUCUAUGAUCGUUGCGAGGAACGGAUCUCCUAUAUUAAUUGGAUUAAGUAACGAUACAAUCUAUGUAGCCAGCGAAAAGAUUGCUUUUGAGAAAUACACAUCAAACUACGUAAACGUAUAUGAUGGUGAAUUAGUUUUAGCUUGUGGUUCUAGUUUUUACGCUGGACUUUUUGCAUAAAAUUAUUUUAAAAAAUUAAAAUGCUUUAAUUCUAUUUCAGUUGUAGAAGGAUCAGAAUUUACUAUUUAUGAUAUUCCAGAAGAAUAAGGAGGCAUCAUUUGCAUUAGUUAAAGCGGAGAAACAGCUGAUAUUCGAUCUGCGUUAGAUUAAGCUAAAGAAAAAGGACUUUUUGCAAUAGGAGUGGUAAAUUCCGUAGGAAGUUAGAUCGCUACAUCAGUUGAUUGCGGUGUUUAUGUUAACUGUGGAAGAGAAGUGGCAGUUGCAGCUACAAAAUCUUUUACUUCAUAAACCAUAGUAUUACUAAUGAUUGCUUUAUGGGUAUCUAAAUCUAAAGAAGAUGCUAAAGGAAUAACUACUAAUGAAAGAUUUAGAAAAUAAAUGAUUGAUUAAUUAAGAUCAUUACCUACAUCAGUAGGUAUUAUACUAUAUUCAAUAUAAGAAUAAUGCCAAUAAACAGCAAAUAAAAUCGCUACUUUAAAAAAUAUUAUUUUAUUAGGAAAAGGUGCAUGCUCUGCAAUAGCCAAAGAAGGAGCUUUAAAAUUAAAAGAAUUAACAUACAUACAUGCUGAGGCUUUUUCUGCUGGCGAAUUAAAACAUGGUCCCUUAGCAUUAAUAGAUUCUGAAAAUCCUAAAUCGACCACUAUUUUGUUAAUUAUACUUGAUGAUGAAUAUUUACAUGAUAUGAAACUUGCACUUAGUGAGGUACAUAGUAGAGGUGCUUAUACAAUUGUAAUUACUAAUUGCUUAGAUAAAUUACCUUCUGAAAAAGUAGAUAUGAGUAUUUAAUUAGAACAUAAAGAUUUAUUAACUCCUUUAUUAGUUGUUUUACCUUUAUAAUUAACUACUUAUUAUGUUUGUAAAAUAUUAGAUACUAAUCCUGAUAAACCUAGAAAUUUAGCAAAAUGCGUUACUGUUAAAUGA